UCACCAAAAUGGCGCUCACUUUUAACGGACAGCUCGGCUCGCCAUAGAGAAAGCGAUCCGUUCGGGCCGCAACUCCAAUCGGCCUUGUCAGGAGGCGGGCUGUAGGGCAGCAGGGACCAGGGACCGAGGUUGGGGGAGCACCGUGGCCGCGGCCUGAGGGAAACAAGUGGGGAAUGUCGCAGCAACGGAUGCUGCCUCAAAGUAAAGAGCUCCUGCUGCAGUCCUACAACAAGAGGUUGAAAGACGAUAUCAAAUCUAUUCUGGAUAACUUCACAGAAAUCAUUAAAAGUGCUCGGGUCGAAGAUGAGACACAGGUCUCCCGCGCAACUCAGUGUGAGCAGGAUCACUACGAGAUGCACGUGAGAGCAGCAAAUAUUGUACGUGCCGGGGAGUCUCUGAUGAAGUUGGUGUCGGACCUGAAACAGUUCCUGAUUCUGAACGACUUUCCCUCGGUGAAUGAAGCCAUUAACCAGCGGAAGCAGCAGCUCCGGAAUCUGCAGGAAGAAUGUGACAAGAAGCUGAUCACCCUGAGAGAUGAGAUUGCGAUCGACCUGUACGAGCUGGAAGAAGAAUAUUACUCCUCCAGGUACAAAUAGCACAGGACUACCCUUACUCAGCCUUGAACGUGUCUGAGCAGCCGCAACGGGGGCGCUGACAUACUCCGCAGUCUCACCUCCUCAGGAUGUAACACUUUCUUAAUCCCACAACUUAAUAUUCUUCUAUCGCCAAAUUUAACAUGCUGAGGUUUUUGCGUUGUAAUAUUCUUGUACUGAUUCCAUUGCACCAGUGUAUUUCCUUGAUGUGAGAAGGGGUGUCUAUUCAACAGUUUCUAUAAUGCAAAAGGCAGACACAAAAAAAGUAACUCACUGGGUCUCGACCCGAAACGUCACCCGUUCCUUUUCUCCAGAGAUGCUGCCUGAUCCGCUGAGUUGCACCAGAUACUUGUGUCUGUCUUGGAUUUAAACCAGCAUCUACAGUUCCUCCCUAGAGGCCUUCAACCCUCACCCUUUCCAUAAUGCAGUUUAUUAUCAAUCUCUUAAGUCAUGCCCUGGAAAUAGAAAUCUUUCUUUCUUUCCCACAUAUUAUACUUUGUGUUUGGGUUGGGGCUGUUUGAAGCACCUUUGCAGUACACAAUCAUCAGCUGACUACAGUCUCAAUCUGAACACAAUGGGUACUUUUACAACCCCUACCAGUCAGUGCCUAUUAGCUCUGUGUAGAUACUUGUAUAUGAGGGUCAGGGCAGCUGCUAUAUAUUUUUUUUACACACACUUCUUCCUCAUUCCAACUCUUGUCUGAUAUUAAUUCCUGAUCCACAGCGGGAAAUCAUUUUUACGUUGUUUACAUGAAAAGUCUCUUGUGCAACCCUACCCGCUCUUCUACCACGACUUUUUAAACAAAAUGUACGGAUCCUUCACAAGGAAACCGUGGGGUACCAAUAGCCUGCUUGGAGGAGCAAACCCAGCUGAGGAUGUUUGCCAAUUAGUCAAUCUUCAAGCAGAAGGGGGGUUACCAAUACAACUUUGAAGAUCGUCCUGACUGCUCUAGCACCUGUUAGUUUGCCAUUCCUGUCUCCUUGUGCAAAGGGCAGUGAAAUUUAAAACACACAUUUCACUUGAGGCACUACUGUCCAACAAACCAGCGCCAUCAUUUUGGAUUCUGGACAGAAUUUUCCUGCCCCAUUUUAUGCAAUGAUGUGAUUUUUUUUUAAGCACAAGCUCGAAUUUUACAUAUCUCGCUAUAAUAUAAUCUUACACGUUACCUAUGCACUAAACCUAUUAUCAAACGUUAUAACGAUGUGUGUGACACAAAUUCCUGUGUCAUAAUUUUAGUGGAAGGGAUGUAUUCCUAUGUUUGUUUGUUUGAUGUACAAUGACAAUGUGGCCAUGAAGAGACAGGCGGUUACAUACCACACUCCAUUUUUAGAUGAGCAGUAUAUUAAAGGGAAUUCAAUCUAACUAUAAUCAAUGGCACAAAGCAUUUAAUACAUAAUAAUCACUGCAGUUACAUUUUAUAUUAUAUCAUAAAAUAUUUUUAUAUUGUUUGUAUGCUGUAAAAUGGAAAAAAAAACGUUCCUAAGUUAAAAUUGUUGAAAUUGAAGAGCUGUAUAAUUCAGAACCUCAUCCAUUCCACAUUGAAAUGGGCGAUAAUACCAGCAGUGCUAAUAUUCGUGUGUUAUAAGCAUUGAACCUGCUUUACAUCCCAUCACGUCACUGGCUGUGAAUUCCUUGUGUAACUCGUGUCAGUUCUGCCAAUUGCCUGAUUAUCCCCUGUUAUAACUGCUGCAGGUUGCUUGCUCAUCUCGUUCUGUAUCCUGUGGCAUAUCCGAGUGGCGUCUUAACAGAAUAUUAGCCUUAAGCGAGCCACAGGGCCCAGAAUGUUCAACCCAAAGUAAUGCUGUGUGCACAACUCCUGCUGCACAGUGCACCCCCCGUGAUAUUGCAGUGUUCUGAGCUGUACGCCCCCAGUAUUCCAUGCCUUUCCAGAUACUUCUCCCAUUGCAGACACCUCGCGCUUUACACGGAGGUUGCGUGUUUGAAACGCAGUCCGUAAUUCAAAAAUGCGCAAAUUAAACAAACACGCGACUACGCUGUCACCGGUAAAUUUGGGAUCUCCAGUUCACUCCCACACUCCAAACGCGUUCACAUUUGUAGGUUAAUUGGCUUGAUAAAAUAGUAAAUUGUCCCCAUUGUGUGUAGGAUAGUGUUAGCGUGUGGGGAUCGCUGGUCGGCAGUGGGCCGAAGGGCCUAUUUCCGAGCUGUAUCUAACUAAACUAAGCAUUGCUGAUGCUAUUCCAGUGAAACACAUUCUUUACAUUUUAAAGCUUUUUGUCACUGAGCAUCUUCAUCUUAAAGCACGGACUGAAAGCUUAACUUACCUUAAUUAAUAGGUCCUUCGAGUAGUGGUGUCCAGGAUGAAUGUUGCAUUUAAUAAUUGUCAUUUAAAUCUUGUGCCUUGUUCAUUGUUCCCAGCAUUUUAAAGAAAGUUGUUUUUAUUUCUGUACUUGUUUAUUUUUUAAUUUAUAUAUAAUUUAGACUGGAUGCUUAAUUCUGUUACACAUUCCAGCAUCCUGCAUUAAAGAUUCAACAUUUUAUAUACUACCUAAAUAAAGUUAAAACAUGCAGAUUA